GCUUCCGGCUUCCGGCGGAGCGCCCGGUCGUCGCGCGCAGCCGUCAUGGCGGCCGAGGAGAAGGACCCUUUGAGCUAUUUCGCGGCUUACGGCAGCAGCAGCUCAGGUUCUUCAGGCGAGGAGGAUAACAGCGAGCCGGAGGAAACGAAUCGCAGGACCCCAGAUCCUGCGAAGCCGGCGGGCGGCUGUGGGAACAAGGCAGAGAAGCGGCUGCCAGGACCCGACGAAUUGUUUCGGAGCGUGACUCGCCCGGCCUUUCUCUACAAUCCGCUCAACAAACAGAUAGACUGGGAGAGGCACGUCGUCAAGGCGCCUGAGGAGCCUCCAAAAGAAUUCAAAAUAUGGAAGUCAAACUAUGUACCACCUCCGGAGACCUACACUACUGAGAAGAAACCUCCCCCUCCAGAGCUGGAUAUGGCAAUAAAGUGGUCUAACAUAUAUGAGGACAAUGGUGAUGAUGCCCCACAGAAUGCUAAGAAAGCUAGGCUUCUACCAGAAGGGGAGGAGACAGUGGAAUCAGAUGAUGAAAAAGAUGAACAUACUUCUAAAAAGCGCAAAGUAGAACCAGGAGAACCAACAAAGAAGAAAAAGUAGAAAACAACAAAUGACAAGAAUUUCUGGACUGCGAAACUUGUUGAAACGGUUUUUUUGGGCAGAUUAAGUUGAUGUUUUAAAUUAUUGUGAAACAACAUCUACAUGAAAGUACAUGUUAAUUAACUAAUAAUAAGUAUUGCUGUGGGAACUUUCCACUGUAGAAUUCAUUUUUUAUUUAAAACUUUAUUUAAAACUCAAGUGGUGAUUUGUGAUUGUGAAAAUGACAACACAUGGAAGCAUUCUUGCUGUCACAGAAUUAGUGACAUGCUUUGAGAGUUUUGUCACAUGCCGACAUGCCAAUGUUCUAUGAACCUUUUAUAAAGGAAUAUAUUUUUAAAUAUAUUGUAAUGUACUGUGAACUCGUAGGGUGCUUUUCAACAGUGUUUGUACAGUGUAAAUAGAUCAUGGAAAUAAAAAUUACUUAUUCAAUAUUA